AUGAGCUGGAAUCUACUCGAGCGCUUCUUGGACUCCGAGCACUUCAACAAAGACCCGUCCUUGACAGUCGCAUACCUUGCUCGCUACGCCGAGCAUGUCGGAAUACACUUUGUGUUGUGCUCGAAGCUGCGGCAGUUCAGCUAUGAGGAGAUCGAGUUCUUCCUGCCGCAGCUAUGCCACCUCCUCAUCUCCAUCGACAAUGACUCCAUGGCGUUGGAGGAGUUUAUCAUAGACUUGUGUGAAGAGUCGGUCAAUGGGGCGCUAUUGACUUUCUGGCUAUUCCAGACCUACCUACACGACCUCUCGUCCCAACCUGCCUCGAACGCAUUCCAGACUUGUCGGAGGGUCUACAAUAAGGUACAGCGGAUAGUGUUCGGAGGUGCGGAGCCCCUGCGGAGGGAGCGGAUACAGGAAAAUGUGCUGCCGGUGACAGUCCUCUCCAGUCUGGUGCUCGCAAGCGUAGGGGUGCCUUUGCUGGCACAGCAUGUGGCACCACUUGCCGUCGCUCAGUCGCGGAGGCCAAGGCCAUUGGAGGAUGUUGUAUCAGAGUCAAUACCACAGUCACAGCCACAGAAGCUUGGCCGAAGUCGUACGGUUACGGGAAGCACGACCACAGCGAGGAGAGAAGUAUCUGGCUCGAGCAAUACACGCGAAGGCGUGCCGAGAAGAACGAAGCGGCCGGCGGCGGUGAACACGAACGGCGCCCCUACCCCACGCACUCAGCCCAAUAUCCCUCGGACAGACGCGCCCAGGCGCCAUGCUCACCGACAGUCGCUUGCAGUCAUGACUAACCACUCGGGAUACAGCAGCUCUUCAUCUUUGCCAGAUGAUCGAAAGCAAAGUGUCGCGGCCGGCGUACCCGUCUCACCAGGAGUUCCGCGACGACCAAGUGAGAUGGCAAGGAGGCAUUCUCAAGCUCCCAAGCCUGCGCGUACGACGGUGUCUGCGGCUGAAAAAGUGCCGAUGCUACGACAGAAUUACUUCCGGAGCGAGACGCAGUUCUUGACAGCUCUUGAAGGCAUCUCGUCAAGAUUGGUUGGCGUUCCGAAGCAGGCUCGGCUGAGUGCACUGAGGGCUGAGCUGGCAUUGAUCGCACAGGAUUUGCCUGCAGAAGUGGACAUACCUACCAUUUGCCCACCUACGCUGGUGGAUGGCAUCGCAAGCCGAAGCAGACAUCACCGCAUUGUACGAUUGAACCCGGCUGAAGCGACCAGUCUGAACAGCGCAGAGAAAGUACCGUAUCUACUGAUGCUAGAAGUACUCAGAGAGGACUUCGACUUCGACCCGGACAGCGAGCAGAAUGAGCAAUUACUUGCUACUAUCUUGGCGGACAAAGGCCGAUCAAAGCGGCGUUUGUUCGAUACCUCAGACGCUGCGAGAGAAUCAUCUACUCUGUCUGCUGAGAAGACACUGAAGAACGACAGCGUACUCGAGCCUGCUAGUGGCGACCUCUCCAGCGCUGCGCUUCUACAGGAUCUUGACGGCCAACGACAGAAAGCUCCUGAUAGCCCACUCAAAAGGCCGGUCUACAACGGGCCGAAAGAUCCUCCGCGCCUGUCAAAUGGCUUUAACACGAUGUCGACAGUGAGCCUGGAGACACCGCGCAACUCAGGAGGGCCUAUAAGUAGAUCCAGCAGUCCUGGUCAGCGGCCAUCACCAUACACCCCAACAGCGAACCCCAACCAAGCUGAAGUCUCGGCCUUGGCUGAUCACAUGCGGACUGCUUCGCAGAUGCUGGCGCAGCUGGAGCUAAGCGCGGCCAAGCGGCCCAAGACGGAAGUGGCUGCUAUCAAAGCCAAGAUCAUCGCCAGCAUGCAGUCCCUCGAAGAGCAGAGCUUCUUGACUGAUGACGGCAUCCAAGGGCCGAACUUCGACACAAUCAUGAAUCGAGCGACUGAAGAAGCGUCCCAUAUUGAGCCCUCCGAUCUUGAAGGUGAUGAUGGAGAUCAGCCUACGGAUCCCAAGAUCAACACUGGCAGAGGUGCUGACCGCAUGGAGAACGACUUCAAGACCGGUGGUAUCCAACGGAAGGGUGAUCGGGACGAUCCUUCAGCGGCCACCUUCGGCGAAGCUUGGGAGCAGAAGAAGGAGCGCAUACGAAGAUCCUCACCGUACGGAUGGGCCAAGAAUUGGGAUCUGAUCUCAGUGAUUGUCAAGACUGGCGACGAUCUGAGACAAGAGGCGUUCGCCUGCCAGCUGAUCGGUGUCUGUUCCAAGAUAUGGUCCGAACACAACAUCGAUGUCUGGGUCAAGACCAUGCGCAUUCUUGUGACUGGUGAAUCUUCUGGACUGAUCGAGACGAUCACAAGCGCCGUGUCCCUACACUCGCUCAAACGAUCACUAACGCUAGCCUCAAUCACCGCCGGCAGCAACCCGAAGAAGCGCAUCGCCACCCUCCAAGACCACUUCUCCAAGACCUUCGGCGCCCCGGACUCUCCCUCCUAUCUCCGAGCCAUCGACUGCUUCGUCAAAAGUCUCGCGGCCUACAGCAUCAUCAGCUACAUACUGCAGCUCAAAGACCGCCACAACGGCAACAUCCUCAUCGACUCCGACGGGCACAUGAUCCACAUCGACUUCGGCUUCAUGCUGUCCAAUUCUCCCGGGAACAUGGGCUUCGAAGCCGCACCCUUCAAGUUAACUUUCGAGUAUGUCGAAGUGCUUGGCGGCGUGGAAGGCGAGGCUUUUAUCAGGUUCAAGGAGUUGCUGAAGGACGCUUUUCAAGCGUUGAGGAGGGAGGCGGAGCGGAUCGUCACGCUGGUGGAGCUGAUGGGGAGGGAAAGCAAGAUGGCUUGUUAUGCUUAUGGGUUGCCGAGUGUGGUGUCGGCGUUACGGGCGAGGUUCGUGUUGGAGAAGAGUAAGGAGGAAGCGAGGGAGUGGGUGGAGGAUCUGGUCACGAAGAGUUUGGGGUCUUAUUAUACGAGGCUUUACGAUACCUUCCAAUACCGAACGCAGGGUAUAUAUUGA